CGCCCCGGGCGCAGGCAGUCAGGGGGGGGGGACUCGACGCCGACAGCUUCGGCCGGUGUGGGACUCUGAAAAUGCGCUACCACGGUGAUUUAACAGCUUAAAACCAACGCCACCAUGACCACAUUUCGACUGUAACGACCGUUUUAUGUCACAUCCAGAUUAGCGUUGUGCUGUGAUCGGAGCCAACUGCUCUCCAAUGAUCCAGGACCUCAUCUCACUUGACUAGAAUGUACUUGAUGAAUGUACCUCCUGUUGCAGCAACGCACACAAAGUGGAGAACAUGUGGUCCAUCUCCAGGCUAUAGCCUGCCAGUCUGCUUCAAUGACUCUGACACUGAACUCUCCACCAGAGACACACCUAUCUCCAAUAAGGUCCAGAUGAUCAUAGAGAGCCUAAGGAGCACCCAGUCUUCAAACGACAUGGGCGAUGAGAUAGAUGGAAUUGUGUUACCAGGAGAGGAAGGUCAUCCCCAAGUCCCUAAGGGACCUUCUGUGGGACCUCAGUCCAAAACUAGAAGUCUAACACAAAGCCGACAAGAUGCUGUGGAUGUCAACCACGAUGGCCAUGAGUCGGACAGUGAUGACUCUGUGGACAGAGGAAUUGAGGAGGCUAUAUUGGAAUACCUAAAGGAAAAGGAUGCCCACAAAUGCAAAGCUGAGUCACGCACUACUCCUCGCCAGACUUUCAACAUUCCCAUGAAAACUUUGCCCCCUGAGGAUUCAAGACACAACUCUGAAAGCGCCACAUCUACGAUGAAAAACAACCAGUUUCCAAAAAGUGACAAGUCAGAGACCCCAACAGCAACAGCUUUUACAACCAUGAAUACGUGUAUCAAAACUGAGGCCGACCUUGAUGAGAAUGCAGUGACAAAAAUGGAUUUAGUUAAAAGUACAAUAUCCAAAAGUACUACGUUGCCCAUUGAAAUGCAAAGGGGGCCAUGUAAGACAAGCAACCUCUCUACAAAAGUGACAGUUAAAAUGGAUGAAGACUCUGGUGACUCCAGUAGUGAUGAUGGUAUUGAAGAGGCCAUUCAAAUGUACCAGUUGGAGAAAAAGACACAACAGGACAAACAGGAAGCUUCUAAGGCACAGCCACUAAAAGAGGAGUCUGACUCCACCAGUGAUGAUGGCAUUGAAGAAGCAAUUCGCUGCUACCAGCUUGAGCAACUCAAAGAGAAGAAUGCAGUUAAACCAUUCAUAAAUAAACAAAAACCUCUUACUAAAUCAUUAAUAAAUAAAAGUAUGGAACGCAGGAAAAUAAACAGGCUCACCAAGAAGAAGACUAAAACUGCUCUAUCUUCCCUUUCAUCUGUUUGCACACCCAAGAACACGCUUUCAGAAAUCCCUAGCAAUAAAGGCAGUGGCUUAAUUUCAUUGAAAGUUGAAAGACUCAAGGAGCAUCAUAGCCCAGCCCCUACAAAAGUGAACACGACAGCAGAGCUCAUGUGUGCUGAGGCAAUACUAGAUAUUUCAAAAGCUGUUAUGCCUGGGGCGUUCCUUCAUAAUGUUGGUCUGAGCAGUUGUGCCCCCAUUGGCACAGUGUCACUUUCUGGUAACCGCCCGCAUGAAGGAAGUGAUGACAGCUCAGUUGAUAGCGAAGAGGGGAUUGAGCAAGAAAUUAGGAAUUUUCUUGAACAGAAGGCAAAGAUGCAUAGCCAGUCACCGAGCUGUGUUAAGGCAGUAGAACAACAUACUGUGUCUGAACCAGCGGAUGCGACAACUAAAGGAGGCACGGACCGAAAGAAACCCAUAAGACUGUCUUUGACACAAAAAAGAAAACUUAAAGACCAAAUGCAUGUUUCCAAUAUGCCACUGGUGGCUAAUAAAAGGAAAGAUGCAGCUGUAAAGUCUUUACCCAAAUAUGUGAAAGAGUCCGGUCAACGAGCGUUUUCCUUGCGAAGUCAAACACAGCCAGUUGCUUCAGAGAAAAGUGGUGAGAAAAGCAGCUCACUUGACAGUGAUGAAGACUUGGAUACAGCCAUAAAAGACCUGCUCAAGACAAAAAAGAAGAUGAAGAAAAAGGAUAGAGACCUGAAGAGGAAAUUACGGGGCCUCAUGGAUGAUGGACCGCUGCUAGAAAGCACUUUAUGGAGCAAAAAGGUAAAACCUGAUUCUAUUUCCAAGUGUGGCAGUUUGAAACGAGACCACAAGAGGAAGAAUGACAUAAGAGACAAGUCCAGAUUAAAUACGAGGAGCAUGUUCCAGCAUAAAAACACCAAGAGGAAUGGGGAUAAUGAAAAUGAAGGCGAAAUGGAGAUAGUGAAAGAGAGUGGAGAUCGAGGCAUCCAACUGAUCUGCAGUCCUCAGGACACUUUGAAGGCAGACAGCAGUUCAGUAGAUAGCGACGACAGCAUCGAGCAGGAGAUCAGGAAGUUCCUGGCUGAAAAAGCCAAGAGUUCCAGUGCAGACAAAGCAAAAGAUGGAGCUACAUCAGAGAACACUCCUGCUGUGACUUGUCCUCUAUUUAAAAAUGAAGAUACUAAACGGGGAAAUCAGGAGGCUGAUGUCUCACCACAACCCCUUACUGUCCUCCCUGUGCAAAUGUCACUCACUAGUCCUGAAAUUAAAGAUAUUAAACAAGAAAAUCGGGAGGUUGAUGUUUCACCACAACCUGUUACUCCCCUCCUUGUGCAAACUCUACUCACUGGUCCUGAAACUAAAGAUAUUAAACAGGAAAAUCAGGUGGCUGAAAUUUCACCACAACUUGUUACUUCCCUCCUUGUGGAAACCCCACUUGCUGGUCUUGAAACAAAAUCUCAAGAUAGACUGCCGUUUCUUGGCAACCCGGUCUCCGCUCUCGGACAAUCGCAGCUGUCGUCAGUCCUGACCAGCAGCUCAGGCUCUUUGGAACCAGCAGAUGGAGCAGGAGCCGCUAGAACUGAGCGAAGGAGAUUUUGUGCAGGAAGGGAGGGGAUGGAGAGAGUUUGGACGCUUCCAGACCCCAACAUUGUUCAGCCAAACUCUGCCUCAAUCAAGUGGCGCCAGAGCCUUGGACUCCCUGCUGUCGACACAAGGACUCUCAGUCGAACCCUAUUUCAUAUCACAUCCUCCUCGAAAAUGGCUGAGAUUCCCUCAACAACCUCACAGUGUGUAAGUGGGGGUACAUCCCUCAAAUCAGAAACAUCAGUUAUUAUUUGGCCCACUCCAAAGACCAACAAACCACUUGCACCUUUUGUCGGCUCUGCGGAGACGAGUGCAAACGCAACACUCCCGUCACCUGGCCAGCAUCUUUUAUCGCCUUCCAGACAACACCAAAGCGCGUCUUUUGCACGGACCUUUGUAUCUGGAGGCCAGAGGGCACAAUGGCCUAUGGAGGGAGAUGCAGAGCGAAUGGUGCAAAUCACGAAGGACCAGAGUGUGUUUGUCAAACUGGAAUCAAAUAGGACCAAUCAUGUCCAGGUCCGGAGCAGGGAAAUGUGCAAGGGAAAGGCGAGGGAGGACUUUGUAAAUGCAGAGAAAAGAGAAGGGGAGAGCAAGAAAAUGGGUGAGAAAGAAAUUCAUCUAGAAAGAUUGGAGGAAGAUUUUAUAGAUGAAUCAGAUUCUGAGGCAGACAAAAGGAAAGAUCCAGAGAAGCAGGGAGUUUCCACAUUGUCUUUGUCCCGUGCUAUAGACCCUGGUAUCACCCUCAAACCUUGCAUAGCUCUUACAACAGAGGAAAGAAGCAAGAGGUUCAGCAGGAGGUACAUGGCUGAAAAUAUCAAGAAGGACCAAACAGCAAUCAUCGGGCAUCCUGUGCGGAGCAAGUUGGUGCAGCGUGUCAAAAGAAAGCUUCAGUUUGUUUCAGUGAAUAGGACCUGUCAAGCACUGAGCCACCACACCAACAAUUAACGAAACUUCAAAUUCUGGUGGGACACAAGUGCAGUUGAUGGUUGAUAUCUGCAUUUGGGGAACUGUUAUUAUUGGGCCUGGCAAGGUUUGCUAAUCAAUCAGUUACAGGAUAAUUUCACACUCAUACAUUAUUUUUUAAUCCUACUGCAUGCUUUUGUUAGAUUUUGAAAAUAAUUAUUUGUUCAGUUUCGUAAAGUUAUGCAGCCAAAGGCCCCCCUCCUUUAUUAUUUAUUUAUUUGACUUUUAUGGUUUAUUAUUUGGUAGCAGCUUUAACUUCUAUUGAAGUCUGGCAUCAUAAUGUAUAUGGCUUUUGUUUUCUACCUUUCCCAGUUCAUUUUCUUCCAUAAUUCUUUGCAGUUGUUCAUUUACAGUUGUGUAGUUAUAAAACUAAAAGGUUCUUAUGGAGUACCCAUUAUGUACAUUGUUUCUUAUUUUUACUUACAACAGUGGUGUUGUGUUUUCAUUGUGGGUUUGUUCUACAUUCAAUGUUUGUAACAAAACGUAUUCGCGGAUGUUUUUAUGAAAGGGAAAAAAUUGUAGCUGUUGCAUUGUAAUAAUUUUUUUUCUUAUAACAGUCCAUUGUCACAGCAGAACUAACACUUCCAAUGCCAAAGUGCUGUCAGGAAACCAGGGGGGGGGAACGGUACGGAAUUUGGAAAAUAAUACUCAGGCGAAAGUGAAUAAAGAAACUGUGGCGGGAUUGUUUUUAGAGAAAGCAUAUAAUGUGAGUUUUUUCGGAAAGUUAUAUUUGUUGGGAAGGUGUUCAGUUUUGUCAAUGGGUUUCAGACCAGUUUUAAUGAGUAACUGAUUCUGGUCAAAUAAGACAAGAUAUCUAAGACUCGUUAGUGGUGCAGUCAAAAA